UUUGUUUAGUAGCUGUAAACAACCGAAUAAGUAACAGUGUCAAGCGUGCAUUUACAUGUAGCGUUUCUUAUCAAUUUAACGUAAUCUUUCUGUUUAACUUGCUUCGCUGUUUUUUUUGUUGUUGACAGUUUGUAAGGCUAAUUUAACCGUUUUAAUAAUAAGUGUACACUGUUCUAAAAUCAUAUCUAGGUAGUUAUUAAGAAGACACCGAUGCUGAAAGUCCAUUUUGGAGAGGUUUAAAAGGGUUUUGUCAUGGAUCCCGAGGUGUCUUUCAUGCUGUGCUGUGAUCCAUUACAGGCUCUUGGAGAACAUCAGAUUCACGUAGAAAUUUCAGACAGGUUCAAUCGGCAGAGUUUUCCUGAAAUCGAGCAGCACAUUGAAGCUCUAUGGAGUGACCGCGUAGCCAAACAGCCGUGGCUCUUCAAUGGAUCUAAAUUCAGAUUGCAUUCAGCAGUGCUCUCCGUCGUGGAGAAAGGACCGAUGGCAACACACUCACAACAACGUGGUGAAGGAGACCAAUUAGAAAGUGCUGAUCAAUCCUCAGACAUAUUGGUCAAAGAGGAGCAAUCGUGUGUGCUCACUUUACAGUUAGGCCUGACCUGUUAUAAAGACUAUCUCGGGACCAACUGGUCACGAGAGGCAGGGAGGCUGCAGAGUCACGGACAGAACGAAUGCGCAGAUCCACAGGCCUUCCUCGCUCAGCCGCUGGGGGUCGGUGCUGUCGUGGCCACGGCUGACGGAGACAUCGUCCUUCUGAGGAGAAGUCAGAAAGUGGCAGAGGCUGCAGGCCUGUUAGAUAUACCUGGAGGUCAUCCUGAGCCAAAGAUGUUGUGUCCAGGGGUCAGCGAGGAGGCCAUAUGUGCUGACCUCCUGCAGCACAAGGAGAGAGCCGUUGUUUCAGAGAUCUUCUCCUCGGUGUGUGCAGAGAUCAGUGAUGAGGUGAACGUUCCCAUCAGUUCUCUGAGCAGACCGGUGUUUAUGGGAAUUGCGCUGAACCACACGAGUGCAGGACGACCCAGUGCAGAGUUUUAUGUCCGAUGCACUUUGACAACAGAGGAAGUGAGAGACUUAUAUAGAAGUGGAGGUCCAGAGGCCCAUGAGUCCACUGAAAUACUGUUUCUGAGUCGAGCGAAAGUGUUCCAGUUAGACGAGCGCUCCCUCAUGUGGUCAGAGAUGUGUCCUUCGGCGAAAGGUGCAGUGCUGCUGUAUCAGAGGGUGAUGCCUGAUUGCUGAAUUUAAUCAGAUACUCAAACACCUCUGAAUAAUUGCAC